AUGAGGGCCGAUGAGCUAAUGCAGAGGAUGUGGGACGAAGACGUUGUGGGAAUGGCUGAUCAAAACAAGCGCUUGACAGCAGAGGAGGUGCUUGCUGCGCGCAAAGAGGCACAAUCAAUUCAAGGCGUUGUGUUGAGGGACUCUGAAGUAGCAAUUCCGUGAAAGGAAGAUGGUACGCCUUUGUGUUCAAAUAGAAAGACUGCUGAAGACUGACUUAUCUCUUAAGAAACACCUUCAGCCAAGGCUGGAGGUUGCUGAGAAAUACUGCAAGGUGAUAGAAGCCAAGCCGGUAUAAAAGAAUGAAUCCAAGGGUUACAUCCCAUUCAAUUACGUCCAAUUGGUACCCAUCACAUUUUCAUGUAGUGAGAGAAGACAAAGAGACUACGAAAGUGAGGAUAGUCUACUAUUCAGUAACCAUAUACGGAGGAAUGAGCCAUAAUAGCAUGUUGCCUGGACCAAGCUCAGCAAGAUGUUUUUUUUAUGCGCUAUUGCGUUUCCACAGUUAUCUUGUGGUCCUGGUAGCAGAUGUGACGGAAAUUUUCUCACAAGUUACCAUGGCAAGACAAGACGGAGGGUACCACCCCUUCCUGUGGGGGUGGAGGUUACACCUCUCUAGACAUGCAGAAGUCUAUGAAGCAAUGAGCUUGAUUUUCGAUGACCGCGCCUCACUUUAUCUUGCCCAGUGCGUUGUGCGACAACAUGCAGAAGAUAACAGAAAUGACCACCCUCUAGCAAUAGCCAUGAUCCUAUUACAGGUGUACGUGGAUGACAUUAUGACUUCAUUGAGCACUAACGAUGAAGCGAUUAAAGCUCGAGAAGAGCUUAGGGAGCCACUUGGCAAGGCAGGCUUCAAAAUGCGGUCUGGGGGUAAUAACAGGCCUGAACUACCUUGCAUGAAAGAAUAAGGAAAGCAAUAACAUGCUGAGACGGAUGUGUUUAACUUCAAGGUGAAUCCCCUGCAGGAUGUUGUCUAUACCGAGCGAAGGUUCGUAAAGAAAUUUCUAUGCUUUUUUACCCAUUACAGAUGCUAGAGGAAGGAUGGAUAUGGUUACUGGGUCUAAAAUAGGAUAACUUAAAGUAGACGUAUCAGGAAUGGUUCAGUGAGUUACCAGAAUUUUCCAGAGGACAGUUUUCAAGGUGCUAUCGCAUUGCUGAGGAAAUUGUUGUUUACACAUUUAUUCAUACAGUGGUAGACGCGUGUCUGUUGGCAUAUGCAGAUGUAACUUACAUUGGGCAAAAAUAUGAAGAUGCAGCUCGAGAAGAAGAAGGGAAGCAG